CAAGAAUGAGUCCCUCAGCGUUUCUACUCUUAACUAUCACUAUUUUUGUAUCAAUUCCCAUAGUCUACUCCUAUCCUUCUCCAUUAUUUUGCUCAUUGUGCACAAAUCUCUUUGAACAAGCACUGGUCGCCGACUUGGAAGAUUUGCCAAAGUUUUUAGAGCAAACAUCGACAGAACUCUGCUCAAACUUUCCACUGCCAAUAGACGUUACCAGGCAAUGCACGGACUACUUGAGCCCAUUUUUCUCGAAUAUUGUUCAAUUUCUGAAAUCUGGAAGCUCACCGGAGUCUGCGUGUGCUCAUGUUGGAAUUUGUUAAUUUUUGAAAAUUAAAUUGUUAAUUUAUUCUGUUUGUUAGUACCCGCAGCCGACAUUUUACGGGUU